AUGCUGAAAACUCUGUUUGGAUCCCACGGGGCUGGCGGCCCCACAUCACGCGAUGAUGACGACUCGGAGGUCGAGGCGCUGCUGCAGCGCGUGUCGGAGUCGCGGCACGCCGCGGAGCGGCGCGACGCGCUGGCGCGGCUGCGGGACAUGCUGCAAGACAGCCCACAGGCCCAGCAGGCCGUGGGGGUGAUGGGCCUGCCAGUGCUGCUGGCCGUCGUCACCGAGGACCGAGAUGACACAGAACUCACCCGCACGGCACUGGAGGCCCUCGCGCUCAGCUUCGGCGGCGGGGAGGGCGGCCGCGCCAGCGGCGGCGGGACGCCGGCGGCACGGGCGGCGGCGCGGGGCGAGGGCCCCCCGCCCCCCGGAGUUAUGAAUGCGGAGCUGUUUGCGCGGUCGCCAGACAACGUGCGGCUGCUGCUGUCUCUGCUGGAGGACGAGCCCGUGGGGGUGGACGACUUCUAUUGCAGGUGA